AGGUGCAAUAUGUUUCCUACUAGUAUCUAGUACAGUAACAAUGGCAGUGCCAUUCAGCUUGGGCAAAGUCCUAGACAUAAUUUACACAAACACAGACGAUCUACAAUCAGCCAAAACCCGCCUAAAUCAAGUGUGCGGCAUCCUCUUAGGCGUAUUCCUAUUGGGAGGCGUUUGCAACUUUGGCCGCGUCUAUUUCAUGUCUAUAGCAGGCUAUAGAAUGACUCAAGCCUUAAGGACAAGAGUCUUUGACUCAAUAGUCAAACAAGAACAAGGCUGGUUUGAUAAAAGACCAACCGGUGAAUUAAUCAAUAGAUUAUCCUCUGACACCCAAGUAGUGGGCCAGGCACUUUCACAAAACAUCUCAGACGGUCUUAGAUCAACUGUAAUGGUAAUAGCAGGUACAGGAAUGAUGUUUUAUAUGUGUCCUAAAUUGGCCUUUGUUGGCCUGGCAAUAGUUCCUCCUGUAGCCGGAAUGGCUGUAGUCUACGGCCGUUAUGUAAGAGGCAUUUCUAGAAGACUGCAAGACUCUUUGGCAGAUGCUACUAAAGUAGCUGAAGAGAAAAUUUCAAAUAUGAGAACUGUAAAGGCUUUUGCACAAGAGCCUAGAGAAAUUGAAAGCUACAAACUAUCUAUUGUAAAUGUUUUGAAUUUAGGGUACCUAGAAGCCAAAGCUAGGGCUAUUUUUUAUGGAAUGACAGGCUUUAGUGGACACGUAAUUAUAAUUUCUGUAUUAUACUAUGGUGGGGUGCUAGUUACUUCCAAUGAAAUAACCGUAGGCAAUUUGUCUUCCUUCCUCUUAUACGCAGCCUAUAUAGGUGUUUCUGUCGGAGGCCUGUCAAGUUUUUACACAGAACUAAAUAAAUCAGUUGGAGCAGCUCAAAGAAUAUGGGAAAUAAUGGACAGGACUCCUGCAAUACCUGUAACAGGGGGUUUGACCCCUUUAACAGACCCUCAAGGACAUAUUGAAUACAAAAACGUCAAAUUUAGCUAUCCUUCUAGACAAGAUACUGAAAUUUUUAGAGAUCUAGUGUUGGAUAUAGCUCCUGGUAAAAUGGUGGCUGUGGUAGGGCCCAGUGGGUCUGGCAAAAGUACUUUGGCUGCUCUAUUAUUGAGGCUGUAUGAUCCUAUUGAUGGGGCAGUGUACUUAGAUGGGCAGAAUAUUAGAGAUUUGAAUCCUAGUUGGGUCAAGAAGCAUAUUGGGACUGUUAGCCAGGAGCCGGUAUUGUUUUCAAACUCAAUCAAAGACAACAUCCUCUACGGCUCAGAAAACCCGGCCCAAGUAACCUCAGAAGAACUGAUCCGAGUAGCCAAAGAAGCCAAUGUUUACGAAUUUGUCCAACAAUUACCGCAAGGCUUCGACACUGUAGUGGGCGAACGAGGCGUCAUGCUAAGCGGCGGCCAAAAACAACGCGUAGCAAUCGCCAGGGCUUUAAUCAAAGACCCAAAAAUCUUACUUCUAGAUGAGGCAACUAGUGCUUUGGAUGCACAAUCAGAAAGACUUGUGCAAGAGGCUCUUGAGCGUAUAAUGAAAGGCCGCACCGUACUUACAAUUGCUCAUAGGUUGAGUACAAUACAAAAUGCUGACACUAUUGCGGUACUACGUGAUGGGUUAAUUGUGGAACAAGGAAACUAUCAGGAAUUAUUGCAAAAUGAAAAAGGAGCUUUUAGGGAAUUGAUGAAACAUCAAGCGUUUCAAAGUUAAUUAAUAAAAAUAAUUGUGACUACUUAAUAUUAAAUAUAAUUUUUAUUUAUCCUUAA